UAGGAAUUUGUGUUUUUACGACUGGAAUCUUAUGACGGUUCUUCUAGAACCGCUUUAAAAAACAAGACGGUGGCAUUUUUGUAAUUACCUUAGUAAAAUAGCCUUUUAUGAUGCACAUUCUAAGGCGGUUAUUGAAAACCGUCUUAGAAUGUGUGUUGGUCAUAAAAAAUUACGACGGCUUUUAUUAAAAACCCACCGUUAUCUCAGUUGAAUUUAAAAGCCCAAUGUAUGUGUCCACGCGCAGCCAGCAAAAUUCUCUCGAACCCUUGAGCUUCCACGCAGCAAGCUCGAUCUCUCGAACUUCCGCCACCACCCUCCGUCAACAAGUUUGCCUUCCCUUGGUGAAGAGCUCUGUCGAAGUGCAUCAUCUCUCUCUCACUUGCGGCAUCGUGUGUCUCAUUGGGCAGAAACCCUAGGCCCCAAUCCGCUUAGUUCUGUUAUGAUGUAGAGGUGCGGUAACUCUCUCACUCACUAACUGCUUUGAUUUUGUGUUGAUGAUGUUGCAGAAGAAGAAGAAUGGCGGCGAUAACGGCAACAACAAGGAGAACGAAGACUCCACCAUCACCUAAAGCAUUCGAGCAUGUUUCUUUCUGUGGAGUUGUCUGUGGUAUCCAUCCCCACAUAUUCUCAUUUCAAUUUGCAUUUGCAUUUGCGUUUCAUUUGGCAUUUUGUUUCUUUCAGGAAGCUUCGUUUGGGCAUCGAUGGCCUCGUUCGAUGAAACUCCUCCCAGAAACUCCAAGAACGGCGAGAAGAUCUUCAAAACCAAGUGCGCUCAAUGCCACACCAUCAACAAAGGUGCCGACAACAAACAAGGUUCGAGAGUUACUCUGUAUUGAUGUUGAGGGAAACAUUAUGCUUGUUGAGGUUGGAAACUCUGUCAAAUCUGAGGCUUAUUUUUAUGUGGAAUUGGUUUUUGGAAACUUUAAAUUGUUUACUUUAGCCUGUUCCAGCAACCAUUGUGGAGUUUCCCCCCUAGUUAUGUUAUGUGGUUUGUGUAUUAGAGAUUGAACUAGAGAUAAUUAAGAGGGGAAUGAAUUGAUUGUAUUAGAAAUUGAUUGGGAAUGCUUUCAUACACUGUUACUGUAAGUAUACCAUGUUUUGAUAAGCUGCUUCAUAAAUAAUUGUAGGAAAAGAAGAUAGGAAAGAAAAAUGAAAUAAGCUUAUCCCGUAAGCUUAAAUUAGCCAAUUGUGAGUUAAAUCAGCUUUUUAGAGAAGAUAAAUGAUUGUGGCUUCUACAAAAAGCUAUUUUAACUUGUGCAUAAGUUAAGUUUUCUGGCACCCAAGAAAAGUGUGCUACUUCUGGCAAAACUGCUUAUCCAUUGGAGAAGGUAGGAUUCAAAAAUCUCUGAAGUUAUAAGGGGAUAAAUGCAGCAUAAAGAAGGUUGGUGUAGAGUGCCUCUUUAUGUCCUAUUCAGGAAAUAUUGAUAAGUUUUGGCUUAAAUUACCAGCAUUAAAGCACAUGUAUUAGUUUAACCUAUUGCCUUUGUUUUGGUACUCAUGAUUCUGUGAAAUCAAGCAACAUGGGUUACUGCCUCCCAAAACUAUAUGCAAAGUAACAGGAGUUUGAACUUUAUUUUUAA